GUGUUUGGGAACAAAAUACCUGUCUCAGGUCUUUGCCAUUUUGUGCCGCCGCUGCACACCGCCCCGAGCCAUGGCAGAGAGGGCCACGGGCAGUGCAGGAAAGCGAAGAGGCCCCAUCAGAGACCGCAGGUAAAAGGAGCGUUGAAGCUUUGCCCUCUCUCACUCUGUCCCGCUGCAUGAUGAGAACAGGGAAACAAGAAGACAGAGAUUUGCGGAGAGGAAGGAGAGAGGGAUCAGCAGCGGCAGAGAAGAGGAGGCUGCAGAAGACUUAAGGCAUGAAGAUGGCUAAAGAAGGAGAAGCUGCUCAGAAGAAGAGGAGGAGGAGGAGGGGGAGCAGCAAAAAAGAUGAGGCCUUUGUGGAGGAGGAGCCGAAAGAGAAGACCGGGGAGGGAGGAGAAGGGAAGACGGUGGUGGUGGGCAUCAGGAUGGACUCGCAGAGCCGAGAACUCCUUACGUGGGCGCUCGUCAAGGCCACCGCCCCCGGUGACCGCGUCCUCGCCCUCCACGUCCUCUCCUCGUCCUCCUCCGCCGGCGGGCCGCCACCGGCCGUAGAUCCCGGUGGCCAGCCCGCCGCCGUGUUCUCUCUCGCCAAGGAACUCGACGCCAUGCUCGCCGUCUACGAGGGCUUCUGCAACCUAAAGCAGAUCGACCUAAAGCUGAAAAUUUGCAAGGGCUCGUCCAUCCGCAAGCUUCUUGUCAGCGAGACGAAAUCUUUCGCUGCGUCACAACUCAUUCUUGGGGUGACCAAGAACAACCGCACCAUGGGGUCGUAUUCGAUCUCUGUAGCCAAGUACUGCGCCAAGAAGCUACCAAGCUAUUGCUCGGUGGUCGCGUUGAGCGACGGCAAGAUCGUUUUCCAGAGAGCAUCAGCAGAGAACAACAAAUCUCAGGAGAAGUCGAGCAAGGAGUCAACUAAGAUUGACGGGAACAACGAGAUGUACUGCUUGUUGCCGAUUGCAGGCCCGAAGAGGUUGCAUGACACAGCCUGCAGGCCUUCGCUUGUGCCAGAAGAUGAGUCGACUGGCUGUAGCAAUUCCCCUGUCGGGAACGACCCAAACACCAUCGAUGGCGCACCGAGGGAUAACUGCUCAAUCUGUGUACCUGAAUCUGAUCCUGCUUCCCUGAAUGCGGCGAAGGAUGAGGACUCUUUGGCCUUGGCUCCAGCGGGGAAAACUGAAGCUCCACUGAGCAGCUCUGUGCCAAUUGUGGGCAAGGAUCUACCAGAAGCUCGACAUGGUUGGCCUUCUCUUAGAAGACUGGCCUUGACCAACAGGAAGAGUGUCUCCUCUGAGAAGCAUAAGAUCUCUGUGGUCCAGUGGGUGAAGUGGCUUCCGAACCGACACCAAUCUAUGCAUCCAGAUCACAAGUCCAAGAAAUCAGAUGGAAAACAUAUGACACUCGGCCAAGAUGGAGAGAGCUGUGCCAUUGUUCCGGUUGGAGCCAGUCUGCCACCACCCCCGUUUCUUGUCAAUGAUGCAGAAGAAAGGCUUCCAGAGGAGUUGGUGCCUCUUCAACAAAAGUAUUCAUCCGUUUGUAGAUUAUUCAGCUACGACGAACUGAUCCAAGCAACAUCCAGCUUCUUACCUGAGAAUCUAAUUGGGAAUGGUGGCAGUAGCAGUGUUUAUAAGGGCUACCUUUCGGAUGGCAAGGAAUUGGCUGUGAAAAUCUUGAAGCCUUCUGAAGUUGCAGUAAAAGAGUUUGUUUCGGAGAUUGAGAUUAUUACCACCUUGCGUCACAAAAACAUUAUCCCAUUGCUUGGAUUUUGCAUGGAGAACAAUAGUCUGAUGUUGGUCUAUGAGUAUGUAUCACAGGGUAACUUAGAAGAAAUCCUCCAUGAUAAAGAAGAGAACAAGCAUGUUCUCAGUUGGCCUGAGAGAUACAAGGUAGCAAUAGGCGUCUCAGAGGCACUGGAUUAUUUACAUGGGGGUGGUACUAUUGAGCCUGUGAUCCAUAGAGAUGUGAAAUCCUCAAACAUCCUUCUCUCCGAGAAUUUUGAGCCACAGUUGUCGGACUUCGGAUUGGCAAAAUGGGCAUCAGCAACAACAUCGCAACCCGUUUGCAGUGAUGUUGCAGGGACUUUUGGUUACUUAGCUCCUGAGUACAUCUUGUAUGGGAAAGUUAAUGAAAAGAUUGACAUCUACGCUUUUGGUGUGGUGCUUCUCGAGCUUCUUUCAGGAAGGAAGCCCAUCAGCUCUGGUUGUCCCAAGGGCCAGGAGAGCCUUGUCAUGUGGGCAAAGCCAAUCUUACAAGACGAAGACGUUAAGCAGCUUAUAGAUCCAGCCUUAAAGAAUGACUUCAAUAGUGAUCAAGUGGAAAGGAUGAUCUUAGCUGCUUCCCUGUGUGUAAGGAGGCUUCAUCGUGCACGACCUUCAAUGAGCAUUGUACUGAAACUACUCCAAGGAGAUGAUGAUACUGUUAAGUGGGCAAGGUCAGAAGUUACCACUCGGGCUGAUGUGUUGGAUGAUGAAAUGCCGAACCUGGAAUCCGACAUCCGAUCACAUCUUAAUCUUGCAUUGCUCGAUGUGGAGGAUGACUCGAUCUCAGUCAGCAGCACGGAUCACACGGUUGAUUCCCUGACGGUGAGCACUUCCGUGGAGAACUACCUGCAAUGGAGAUGGAGCCGCUCGUCAAGCUUCGAUUGAUCGUUGUGUUUUGUAUAGGGUUUAUACUUAUGUGUUCUUCUGAAUCGUGUUUGAUUAUACAGCAACAUCGAGCAGUUGCCGGAGAGGCUUUACCUCGUUCACAUGCCAAGUUCUCGAACAAAGAUCGAGGAACUAAUAAGAGAGAGAGAGAGAGAGAUAGAGAGAGAGAUGAUUGUUUUAUGUUCGAACACCAGUGUUCGGAUUCCUGGUUGGAUUUUAAAUCUUUGAAGCUCUGAUGCUGCAUCUUGUUGCA